UAAAAAUUUAACAGAUCAGAUAUAAAGUAUUUUCGAGACUCACUUUCAGUAUUUCCAAUACUCCAACCAGCAGCCACUCCAAUCUGUCCUAUCAACCUGUUUCCCAGUGUGAUUGGUCCGUUUAAGGCACAACAUGUGCGCUUGCCCUUGUUCAGGAGGGAAUCUACCACCUAAGAGCAACAACCCUGAUUCUUGCCCAGCUCCUGGCUCACGGGGCGGUCCUGGUGCUGGUGGAGGUGGCCCUGGUGGCGGUGGAGGUGGCCCUGGUGGCGGUGGAGGUGGCCCUGGUGCCGGUGGUGGUGGCCCUAGUGGUCGUGGAGGGGGUCCUCCCCAAAAGCGUGGAACGUGUGGCCCCAAACCUUGCGGCGGAAAUCAGUGCAAUAAAUGCGGUAAGGGGGGCCCUGGAGGAAGAGGUGGCCCUGGAGGAGGAGCUGGCCCUGGGGGAAGAGGUGGCCCUGGAGGAAGAGAUGGCCCUGGAGGAAGUGGUGGUCCCGGUGGCAGACGGGCUCCCAAUGGCGGUGGUGGAGGCGGGGGAGGACCGUUUGGCCUGAGUGCCCCACCAAACAAUCGCGGACCCAAGGCUUUGGGACUGGCUGCUCUGCUCUUUGCCGUGGGCGUCUUCCUUACAUUAAAAAUGGGUAUUGUGGCCAGUGAAAUCGGAUGAGCGCAGACAGGACGGCAUUGGACCCGGCUCUGAUCUCCAAUGCGGAGUUAGUUCAAGAGCAUUUAAGAGGCGUUGCGUUGGGUAAAAUAAAUUCGAAAUUGCGUAUUUAGCCUA